UCAAUUGUGGAUAAAUGGAAAGUAUGUACAAUUUAUUAGUUGUAUGAUCUGAGUAAGCUCACUGUCAUGUUCAUUUUGUUAUGAUAUGUUAUAUUCUAAAGGGAACAAGACCAGCCUUGGCUCUGAAGGAUGCAGCUACAGAUUCCAGUACAUUCCUCCAAAACCUGGAAACAUUAUUUAAAUGGGUGUGUGAAAUAGAGGAGCUCACAGCCAAUCAAAAGCCUCCGUCUUCAGAGGUCAAAGUGGUGAAGGCACAGCUCCAGGAACAAAAGCUCUUGCAGCGGCUUUUAUCAGACCGCCGUCGUAGUAUGGACAGUAUGAUGCUGGAGGGUCCCCGGCUGGUGGAGGCUCACCCAGGAGAAGAGGGUGAGGAUGCAUACACUAGGCUCUGUUCACUUGAGGAAAAAUGGAAGUCAUUACUACAAGAGGCUGAACAAAGGAGGGCAAACUUGGAGCUCAUUCUACCAAAGGCACAGUUGUUCCAGGAGGGGGUGGACAGUCUGCAACAGUGGUUCAUUUCUGUGGAGCAGGCUCUGGCUGAACUGCGUAAUGCUGAAAGAUUGAUGUUGCAUCUUGCAGAGGCUACAAAUCGUGCCAAGGCUCUUGCAGAGGAAAUUCAAGUUAAAACAUCUGGACUUGGAGAAAUACAGGAGUCAGGGCAGAGCUUGAUAGAAGUAGUUUCAGAGGAUGAAGCAGCGCAGGUGCAUGAGAAGUUGGAUGCCCUCCGGAUCCGUUGCUCCGUGCUCAGUUUGAGUAGUCUGGAUGUGUUGCAAAGGCUGGAGCAGGCGCUGGAAGCCUCCAGCCGCUGCACCUCCAGCCAGGAGGACCUGCACCUGUGGCUGGGCCGCAUAGAGAGAGAGCUGCUGGGUGCAGCAGGAGCACAGGCGCAUGCUGGGGACGCGGUCCUGUGUGCUGCAGAAAGACAAAGGCUUGAACAGGCGGUGGUGAAGGAGGUGGCCUGGUUCAAAGAAACAUCUCUGAGUCUGGAGAAACUGAAAAACAUUGAUUUAAUCCCAACAACGAUAUCAGAGCAACUCCAUGAACAAAAGGUUUUAGCAGUAGAGAUUCUACAACAUAGAUUUAACAUUGAAAAAAUGGUGAAGAUUGCGGAAAUCCUGAUGACAUACAGUGAUGGAGAUAAUACAGACCUUGUGACACCAUUGGAGGCCUUACAGGAGCAGUGUAACAGCACUUCUGCCACUAAUUCCCAUGUGGUCCUGCAGCUCGAGCAUGCUCACUCAUUACUUUUUCAGUUCUCAGAAGGCAUUUCUGAGGUUUCACCCUGGUUAGAGGAAACUGAGACUCUUUCUGGCCAGCUCUCACUCAGUACCAUUAGCUACAAGGCAUUUCGAGAACAACAGGACCUUUUACAGGAUCUGAGGGAGUCUAUUGCAGAACACAAGCCUUUAAUUUCCCGUCUUUGUGCUUUGGCAAAACGCUUGUCAGAACUCAAUCCUUGCCAAGGCAAUGAGUACCGUCAGAGGGCCACAGAGGCUGAGGAUCGGCACAGAGCCAUAAGAGAUAAAGUACGGGAGACGUCUAAUCUACUGGAGGAGUCCUUGCCUCGAUUCACACAAUUGAAUGAGAGAAUGACCUUGAUCAGAGAGAAUCUUGACCGAUUGAAAAACCGCAUUCAGAUCCCCACUUCACUUCAGGCUCUCACCCCAAGAAUCCAAGAACAGCUUCAGGACAAUAAUCACACUCUCGCUGAGCUGACAAAACUGGAGCUAAGCCUUAGCACUGUCAGGAAUCAGGCUAGUGAGCUUUUGAGCAAUACACAGGCCGCUGGUGAUGCAUCCAUUGGCACAGCCAUACAGGAUCAGGUUUCUGGCUUGUCUCAUCUAUGGGAUGAAACAAAUGCUCAGGCAAAGGAAAAGGAAACAUGGCUGCUCAAAGUGUUAGACCUCGCUGUGAAGUUCUGGAGAGAUAUCAGUGAUGUCACUGUGGCUCUCAGUGAAGCUCAACAGGCAGUUAUGGAUCUGAAUGCAAGUCAAACUGACUCUGAAACUAUUCGCCAAAGCCUCGAAACUAUGCAGACUCUCAGGGAGGACAUUGAUAGUAUACAGGGAGAUCUAGACACUCUUGGUGCUGUGGGGGUGGAUUUAAUGUCCGCGUGUGGAGACACAGACAGACCAGAUGUCACCAGGAGUCUUGAUGAGCUAUAUAGUAACUGGAACAACCUGAGUAAACUCUGGACUGAAUGUCAUAAAAAACUGGAAGAGUCAUUACAAUUAUCUCUCCAAUAUCAAGACACUAUGCAGGGUCUUUUUGAGUGGUUGAAGUCAGCUGAGUUGAGGUCCACUGAAGAAUUUAUGGUUGGAACUGACCUAGAAUCAGUCAAAGACCAGUUGUGUGAUUUGAAGGCAUUUAAACGUGAGCUUUACCAGAAGAAAAUCGAGAUAGAAAGCUUGAACCAUCGGUUUGUGUGCCGAUUGUCUCCAGGAUCAGAGCGUCAAGGCUCAGUGUCUCCACUGUGUGAUUUCAGACAAAGAUGGGACACCAUUGAGUCCGAAACCGUCAGCAGACAGCAUCUGUUAGAGUCUGCCCUAUUGGGUCUGGGCCAGUUCCAAAACACCCUGGAUGAGCUGCGCACUUGGUUGUCCCGAACAGCUGAACAGUUACACAGUGGUCGGCCCAUCACCAUUGACCUUCAGGCCUGUGAGAUAGAGCUGGCCAAACAUAAGGUCUUGCGCAAUGAUGUAAUGUCCCAUGUCCGCACUGUGGAAUCCCUGAACCUGGCUGGCAGAGCACUGUCAGAAACAGGCUCUGGGGUACAUGGUCUACAGUCUCAACUGGAACAACUCAAUGAGAGCUGGGAGUUUGUGCGCUGUGAGACAGAACGCCGGCAGCUGGAGCUCGAGAACAGGCUAAGUCAGGUACAAGAUGUUACAAUGGAGAUUCAAGAUCUUUUGCAAUGGCUGGAGAAUACAGAUGUCAAGCUUUCUUCUUGUAAAGCAAUGUGGGGAAUGCCAGACUCAGCAGCAGAAAGACUCAAUGCACACUUGGAGUUAUGCACAGAGAUGGACUCAAAGCUACACACCUACACUGAUGUGAAGAAUGCCAUUCACAGGAUGCUGGAGAGCAGCGAUGUCGUCCGGGGAUCAAGUAUAGAGCACAUCCUGUCAAUACUUGAACAGAAAUGGGCAUUGGUUUACCACAAGGUUCAGGAGAAAAAGGCUAGUCUGACUGAAGGUUUGAGUCUGGCAAAGGAUUUCCACAGUAACGUUCAAGAGCUCCUCAACAAAAUGACCAAGUGUGAGGACACUUUUGGGCAUCUCUCACCUCCCAGCUUUGUCCUGGACUCAAUUGGUACUCAGUUGGAGAAACACAAAGACUUGGUAAAAGAGGUAAAUGUUUACUGUGAAAAGAAAACUACUGUGGAGAAGAUAGGCAGCAGACUGACUGAAAUGAGCAGAAAGGAGGACUGUGAUGUCAUUCAUAACCUGAUCAUGACUGUCCAUGAUCGCUAUAAGAAAUUACAUCAACGAUUGGUAGAAAGAAGUAGGAUACUUGAAGAGGCCAAGAAAAGUGCAAAGCAGUUUAUUGAAUCUUGGCGAUUGCUAAUAGAGUGGAUGUCCGAUGUAGAGCAAACUUUAGACACACACAAAGAGAUUGCUGGAACGCAUGAUGAUAUCAAACAACAGCUGACUGAACAGAAGGAAUUUCAGAAACUACUAAGGACAAAAAGACCAAUGUAUGAAGCUACAUUAAAAAAUGGUCGCAGUCUUCAUGAAAGAUCUCAGAGCAAACAUGAUAGACAACACCUAGAGAACCUACUCGCUGAACUCAAGGACACAUGGGACACUAUCAACGGCAAAUCUCUGGAGAGGCAGCACAAGUUGGAAGAAGCGCUUCUAUUUUCUGGCCGAUUCACCGAUGCUCUCCAUGCCCUAAAUGACUGGCUGUACAGAACAGAGCCACAGUUAUCUGAAGAUGCUCCAGUUGGUGGUGAUAAGGAGAUUGUCAAUAACCUGAUUGAUAAACACAAGGUUUUCCAAAAGGAGUUAGGGAAGCGAGCCGGUUGCAUAAAGACCCUAAAGCGUUCAGUGCGUGACCUGACGAGGAGCAGUACAGCUGAUGCUCACUGGCUUCAGGAGCAGAUGGACGAGCUGGAGAGCCGCUGGGAUGCUGUGUGCAAACAGUCAGUCAGCAAACAGGACAGACUGGAGGCAGCGCUUAAACAGGCUGGAAAGUUUGAUAGCCUUGUCCACUCUUUCAUGGAGCAUCUUACAGAGGCAGAGAGAGCUCUCAAAUAUGGCUCUCUGCCUGAAGAGGAGGAAGCUUUGCAGUCCGUCUAUGAGCAGCACAAGGAGUCAAUGAGUGCCUUUGAAAAUCUAGCAGUGCAGCUACAAAAUAUACAGAGUUUGGGUGAAGAAAUACUGGCGUCUUGUCAUCCAGACUCCAUAAUCACACUGAAAUCAUGGAUCAGUGUCACCAACACCAGAUAUGUGGAGGUUCACACUUGGGCUCAGCAGCAGGGUCAAAAAAUCCACGCUAUUUUAUUAGCCCUGGAAGCUGAGAGGCAGGAAAUCCAGAGACUUUUGGACUGGAUCUCAUCUGCAGAAGAAGCCUUAAACCUCCGAGAGCAAGAGCCACUGGCUGAAACCACAGAGCAGAACCAAGAACUCAUUGGCCAGCACUCGGUAUUGAUGGAAGAACUGAAUAAAAAGUUCCCUGAGGUUGAACUGGCCACUAAGUGCUGCAAACUCAAGAUCAUCUCUAAACAAGUAUCAGUUUCACCAAGCAAGAGGCCUCUCACAAAAAGAAGGAGCACAUUAAAGCCCCAGCCUGCUGCACCCAUCCCCUUAGAUCACCUUGACCCACAGACUCCACAGCUCUGUCAACUGGUCAGCCAGUGGCAAAAAUUAUGGCUGCUGUCUGUGGCCAGACAAAACCGUCUAGAACAACAUCAGCAAAUGCUCAAAGAGAUGGAGGAGUUUGCCAACUUUGAUUUUAAUAUCUGGAGAAAGCGGUAUAUUCAGUGGAUAAGUCAUCUGAAGUCUCGAAUCCUUGAUGUAUUUCGUAGCAUUGAUAGAGAUCAGGAUGGCCGCAUUACAAGGAAGGAGUUUGUUGAUUACGUUCUUGCAUCAAAAUUCCCUACAAAUCCCUUAGAAAUGAAUGCAGUAGCAAAUAUCUUUGACAUGAACAGUGAUGGCUUCAUUGACUACUAUGAGUUUGUGAGUGCGCUCCAUCCCAGCCGAGACCCCUACAGAAAAACACUGGACGCAGAUCAAAUAAAUGAAGAGGUCAGUCGCCAGGUGUCUCAGUGUAAUUGCCCUAAGAGAUUCCAUGUGGAACAGAUAAGUGCCAACAGAUACAGGUUCGGAGAUUCCCAACAGUUACGCAUGGUCAGAAUUUUGCGAAGCACUUUGAUGGUUAGAGUGGGAGGAGGCUGGACUGCAUUAGAUGAGUUUUUGGUCAAGAAUGAUCCUUGCAGAGUGAAAGGCCGGACUAACCUAAAGAUCAAAGAGAAAUACUUGUCUCCGACAGGCAGCAUGGCCAAAGGUUUAGCUGUCAGCAGGUCCAACUCAAGCCUUAGCCUGUACAGCAGCGCCUCUGCCCCCACCAGCCCAACAUCGCGCAAGGCGAGUUUUGAAAAUCUGCAGCAUGGAUAUUCUGAAUAA